AUGUAUGGCUAUAUAGACCAAAAUUCGAAGACAAAAGAAUACGCUGAAGCAUUUUUCUCAUUCAAUCAACCAAAAUUUUGUCCAACAGCAGCUUGGAAUCCAUUCGGAAUUACUUUUGCUAAUCAAACAACAAUUGGAGAAAAACCUCGCGCCAUUUUCAUCAAUACGAACAAUACAAUUUAUGUUUAUGCAAACAGACAAAUUUUAGUGUCGCAUGAGGGUCAUAUCAAUUCAACAAAGAUCAUUCCUAUUAACUCUUCGACUUCACAUUCUAUUUUCGUUACAACGAAUGGUGAUAUUUAUAUUGAUAAUGAUGAAGUUGUUCUUAAAUGGAUAUCAAAUAAAAACACAUUUGACACUGCUAUGAAGGGUAUAUCACAAUGUUAUGGUUUGUUUGUCGAUAUCAACGAUACUCUGCACUGUUCAAUGCGUAACCUUCACCAAGUUGUGAAAAGAUGGAUGAGUGAUUCUGUUCUGACACCGACUAUCGUAGCUGGGACAAAUAGAUCAGGAUCUGCUCUGAAUGAGCUGGAUACUCCUCACGGAAUCUUUGUUGAUGUGAACUUUGAUUUAUAUGUGGCAGAUUGUGGAAAUGAUCGAGUUCAAUUGUUUCAAUUAGGACAAUCAAUUGGUAUCACAGUAGCUGGAAAUGGAUCACCAAAUCCCACAAUUUUACUUUCAUGUCCAACUGGAAUUGUAUUAGAUGCCCAGAAAUAUUUAUUCAUUGUGGAUUCUUGGAAUGAUCGUAUUGUUGGAUCAGGACCAAAUGGCUUUCGAUGUUUAGUUGGAUGUCAUGGACUUGAUUCACAAUCCCAUCAAUUGUCGUUCCCGUUCAGUCUUAGUUUCGAUCGUUCGGGUAACAUGUUUGUAACUGAUAUGAACAAUGAUCGAAUUCAAAAAUAUUUGUUGAAAAAGUCUUGUGUAAUGUUUCAGGGUGGCGAUAUGAAAAUCUGGUUGAGAGGUAAGUUUGGUUCUGAACGUGUCCAGUGA